CGACGGGAGCGCUAUCUGAUAUCAAAGUAGGGGAACGUCCUUAAGAGCUAGCGCGUAUUAGCGGUUACUGUGAGUGUCAUCGUUGCAUUUUAAUACGUGUCCACUGAUGUCUGUCCGUCCGGUGUUUCUGCUACGUUAAUCACAUUCUGAGAAUAUAUGGAAUGUCUUUAUUAUCAAAUAUCGUUGAAUUUCUAUCUGUAGUAGCAUAAGGCGCCUAGCGCGCCUUCCCGUCACGAUGAACAUGUGUCGGGUUCGAUUGUUAUUCCACUUUGUGGCGCUUAGCCUACUCCCCUUUGCCCGUUCCGACGAGCACAGUCACGUCUACGAAGAUAAUGACGAAGUAGUACUAUGGAUGAGUACAGUUGGACCAUAUCAUAACCGUCAAGAAACUUAUUCAUACUAUUCGCUACCAUUUUGUAUGGGCACAAAAAAUGUCAUUAAUCAUUACCAUGAAACAUUUUCUGAGGCACUACAAGGCAUUGAACUUAGAUUUAGUGGCCUUGAGAUCGAAUUCAAGGCUGAUGUUGCGAAAAUGGAGUAUUGUCAGAUAAGAUUGACCGAAGAGAAGGAGAAAGCUUUCAUAUAUGCAGUCAAGAAUCAAUAUUGGUACAAGAUGUAUAUGGAUGACUUACCAAUUUGGGGGGUUGUCGGAGAUCCAGAAGAAAGUAAUGGAGGUAUAUCUUAUUAUAUUUGGACGCAUAAAAAGUUUGAUAUAGGUUACAAUGGAAAGCAAAUAGUUGACGUAAAUUUAACAAGUGAAAACAAAGUGAAGCUAGAACCAGAUGCACCUAUCUCUUUCAGUUAUGAAGUUAAUUGGAAGAAGAGUAAUAUUAAAUUCGAAGACAGAUUUGAUAAAUACUUGGAUCCCAAUUUCUUCCAACACAGAAUUCACUGGUUCAGUAUCUUCAAUAGUUUUAUGAUGGUGAUCUUCCUUGUUGGGCUUGUCUCAAUGAUUUUAAUGCGUACUUUAAGGAAAGAUUAUGCUAGAUAUAGUAGGGAUGAAGAAAUGGACGAUAUGGAAAGAGAUUUAGGAGAUGAGUACGGUUGGAAGCAAGUUCAUGGGGAUGUCUUUAGACCAGCUAGUCAUGCAAUGCUUUUCUCUGCUUUAAUAGGCGCAGGCUAUCAGGUCACAGUUGUUGUACUUAGCGUUAUCAUUUUUGCUAUUCUUGGAGAGCUGUACACUGAAAGAGGUUCAAUGCUAUCUACAGCAAUUUUUGUAUACGCUGCUACAUCACCUAUAAACGGGUAUGCCGGAGGAGGCUUGUAUGCUCGUAUGGGAGGUCGAAUUUGGAUCAAACAAAUGAUUCUCAGUGCCUUUAUGUUGCCUCUUAUCGUUUGUGGCACUGCAUUCUUCAUCAAUUUCAUUGCCAUGUAUUACCAUGCUAGCCGUGCAAUACCUUUCGGUUCUAUGGUGGCAGUUACAUGCAUUUGCAUAUUUGUUAUAUUACCCUUGACAUUGGUUGGAACUAUCUUAGGCCGCAAUCUAGCUGGAACACCGGACGCACCAUGUAGAGUGAACGCAGUACCCCGACCUAUCCCCGAGAAAAAGUGGUUUAUGGAACCGCUGAUUAUUAUAAUGCUCGGGGGUAUUUUGCCUUUUGGAUCGAUAUUCAUUGAAAUGUACUUUAUUUUUACCUCAUUCUGGGCAUAUAAAAUCUAUUAUGUCUAUGGUUUUAUGUUACUAGUAUUCGUUAUUCUAAUGAUAGUAACCGUCUGUGUUACUAUCGUAUGUACAUAUUUCUUGCUGAACGCUGAAGACUAUCGAUGGCAGUGGACAAGUUUCUUAGCUGCAGCUUCAACGGCUGGAUAUGUCUACAUAUACUCCUUCUAUUAUUUCUUCUUCAAGACUAAAAUGUACGGUCUCUUUCAGACAGCAUUUUACUUUGGUUAUAUGGCGUUAUUCAGCCUCGCCUUAGGUAUAAUGUGUGGAACAGUUGGUUACGUCGGUACUAACGCAUUUGUACGAAAGAUUUACUCCACAGUGAAGAUAGACUAAAACACAAUUCUAGUGUAACAUCUAUGCGUGGAAUUAAACAAAAUGAGAGAGCGUACAGAGUGAUGCCUGCUGCUCUUCACGAAGUAGGACUCUUCUUCCUUCGAUAUUUUUAAUCGUUUGCUUAUUUAAUAAUAACGCGCAAAUACAACUUCACAAAGAGAAAAGAAACUUGUCGAUGAGUAACAACGUUACAUUAACAUUAACAAAAGCGAGUAAGAGACAUUUCCGUUUACACGCGUGACGGAUCAUCGAGUAUUUUAUGAAGCAUCGCGACGAUGUCUUCGUUUUAUUUUAUUCGUUGAUCGUACAAUUAACAACAUUCGAAGUCGAGUCCUGCAAUGGCUUGCGCGCCAUCUUGGAAAAUGAACUGUUCAAUUAUUCAGUCACGCAUAUUAUUCGUCCUAUGAGUCACAGUUUCGUAUUCUAUAAAACACAGGUUCCAAUCGUGCAAUUUUAGAAUCGCUAUUUUAUGUAAAACAAUAUUUAUCUAUGUAAUAUUGCUCAACGCUUCUGGAGAUCACUGGAAAAUUAACGAUGUUCGUGCGCACGAAUUCGUGAUAUCGAUGAAUAUUAACAUUCCAAGGCGCCAGCGAGUGUCAACGAUUCAUUGCAGUUUUGGAAGCGAAAGAAAAGGGGAAAAAAAUCGAAUAAACUCGGACGUAUGUAUUUUGGAAGGAGAAACAAAAAAAAACAUGCAGAAUUGAAGGAGGAAGAUCAUUCAGGUCGCGGAUAACAUUUGAUUUUGUUUCGGUUAGGACAGUGCCUCAGUUGUGUGACUCUAGACAGGUGAUUUUUAGUCAUACGAAGAACUACAUUCGAUCACCGACGAUUUAAGUAAAGUUAAUUUAAUAGAUAAGCUAGGUGUUAGAUCGUGAUGUAAGAACGUGAACAUAAGGGAAUUUUUUUACCAUUGGCUUCGUACUAUAUAACCACGAUACGUUCUCGUCGAGUGGGAUUACUUUUGUUACGAAUUGUGAGUGCAUUGGUAAAAAAAGGAAAAGAAAAGAAAAGAAAAAAAA